CAGUUGGGAUUUUUUCGAUUUUCGAGCCAUGAGCAGCAGCGGCAAGCCAAUGGGCAGCGUCUCGAGCACGCCGCCGAGCAGCGCGACGCCACCCAAGAGCGUCAUCCAGCACGUGCGCGACAUCAAGGAGAUGGAGACGCCACGCCUGCUUCGGUACAUGCGCGUGGGCAACAUCCUCUGCGCGAUUCUGCAGAUCUUUGCCGGCAUCGGCGGUAUUGCGUCCAUCAUCACGUUCAACCUCACGGCCGUCUUUGUCUCGGUCUACAUCAUCAUGUUUGGCGUGCUCUUCCUCCUCUUCGAGUGCCGCCUCUCGCGCUUUGAGAAGACGCUGCGCACCAACUUUGGCUUUCUCUACUCGUACAAGGGCCGCGCGUUCUUCAUCUUCUUCAUUGGCUUCAUGGACUUUGGCACGGACGACGGCCUUGGCUACAUUGCCGGCAUCAUCAUGUGCAUCAACGCGUUCCUCAACUUUUACGCCAUGAUGCGCCACCCCGAGUUCAAGAACGGCAACCUCUCGUCGUCGUCGGAUCCGACGGUCGGGUAUGCGGCCGCGCACAAGGAGGCCCAGAACUUUAUCUCGAACAACCCGAACAUUGCGAUGCAAGCGACCAACUACGCCUUCUCGCAGGCCAACGCUGCGGCGCCCUCGUACGGCAGCCAGUCGUAAUCGACAUGAUAGGUUCCAUC